ACACUCCACUUCACUGAGCAGCAAGCAAUCAACUAGUGAAAAGCAUCGUUGAGCCAUGAGGACUGUGGUCGCGCUCGGCGUUCUCGCCGCAAUGGCAUGCCUGGCCGCGGUGGCGGAGGCCGGCAACUUCAUCCAGGACGCCGAGAUGACCUGGGGCGACGGCCGCGGCAAGGUCGUCGACGGCGGCCGCGGGCUCGACCUCACCCUCGACAGGACCUCCGGCUCCGGGUUCCAGUCCAAGGCAGAGUACCUCUUCGGCAAGAUCGACAUGCAGAUCAAGCUCGUGCCCGGCAACUCCGCCGGAACAGUAACCACCUUCUACCUGUCGUCGCAGGGUUCGGCGCACGACGAGAUCGACUUCGAGUUCCUGGGGAACGUCACCGGCGAGCCGUACACGCUGCACACCAACGUCUUCGCCAAGGGGCAGGGCAAGCGGGAGCAGCAGUUCAGGCUCUGGUUCGACCCCACCAAGGCCUUCCACACCUACUCCAUCGUCUGGAACCCGCAGCACGUCAUCUUCGCCGUCGACGGCACCCCGAUCAGGGACUUCAAGAACCACGAGGCGCGGGGGGUGUCCUUCCCCAAGAACCAGCCCAUGCGCCUCUACGCCAGCCUCUGGAACGCCGACGACUGGGCCACGCAGGGCGGCCGCGUUAAGACGGACUGGUCGCACGCCCCCUUCGUCGCGUCAUUCCGCGGAUUCAGCGCCGACGCCUGCGUCAUGUCGGGCGGCGCCCAGCGCUGCCCCGCCGGCACCAUGGACGCCUCCGGCACCGCGAGCAGCUGGUGGAACCAGGAGCUCAGCGACAUGAGCUACCGCCGCAUGCGAUGGGUGCAGAGGAAGUUCAUGAUCUACAACUACUGUACCGACCCCAAGCGCGUAGCAGAGGGCCUCCCCGCAGAGUGCAAGAUCCGUCUAAGGUCCAAGUGAUCGAUGAGCGUCAGGGAUUUGGCGGACAGUGUUUCACAAGUGAUCAUCGUGUAAAUGUACUAGUAUGCAUAUCGCAUUCUUUCAUUUCUUUUUGUAAUACGGGUCCAACGAUGUACUCAAGUUCUAUAUUAGUGAGUUCGUUCUAGAUUUAGUCC